CGGCUAGACCGAAUGAGCGGAAGUGACGUACGCUGCUGUUCGUGAGUGUGUGUUUCCCCCCGUGUUUAUUUCCUCUUCCUUUCCUCUCAGUCAUGGCGUUGGAGACGGUGCCCAAGGACCUCCGGCAUCUGAGGGCCUGCUUGCUGUGCUCGCUCGUCAAGACCAUCGACCAGUUUGAGUUCGACGGCUGCGACAACUGCGACUCCUACCUGCAGAUGAAGGGCAACCGAGAGAUGGUUUAUGAUUGCACCAGUUCAUCCUUUGAUGGCAUCAUUGCGAUGAUGAGCCCCGAAGACAGCUGGGUCUCGAAGUGGCAGCGGAUCAGUAACUUCAAGCCCGGCGUGUACGCGGUGUCUGUGACGGGCCGUUUGCCCCAAGGCAUUGUUCGGGAGCUGAAGAGCCGCGGCGUGGCCUACAAGUCUCGGGACACGGCCAUCAAGACCUAGGGAGGUCUUCCCCUCUUUGUAGAGCCUGAAAAUGUAUAUUUUCCGGCCAACCUACAAAGCCCUGUGGACGUCGUCUCCAAAAGAAGAAAGGGAGGCAUUCCUGUACAUAUUUCUUUUUUAUUAAUAAAUUAAUGUGGUUGUGGAAUCAGAAAAGCGCA